AUGAACCAUCAACGAAUCAAUGAUGUUGAAGAUCUCUCGGCCUUCUACUCUUGUCCUCCAACAUCUUCAUCUCAAGUGUCUUUGCAAAGCUAUGAUUCCGAAUACUCUGUUCGCUUGAGCCCUAUCAGUCCGACAAAUGAUUCUGCUGGCCAAAGAUUGCCUUCCAUCGCUCAAGUCUUGUCGUCAUCACUCAGUGAUGCUUUCCUAUCACCCACAUCGUCCACUUGCUCUUUGAAUCAGUCUUUAUCCACACCCGCGUGUCCGUCUUUGAGCUCUUCGCAUUCAUCCUCUACUAUAUCUUCUAUUUCAUCCAAUCUCUCUGAUCAUAUACCUCAACAGGCAACAAGAAAAACAUUGCGAAGAACAACUACCUGUAUCUUUCCUACCAAUCGUCGUGGAAGGCCAAGAAAGAAUCCCGCUGCUACUGCUGCUACAGCAGCUACUAGCGCCUCCACCACCAUCACCAGCAAAAAGGGAUGCAAAGGCAAAAAAAAGAGUGAAAAUGAAAUCAAAAUCAUCAAGAGUGAGUAUGAAAAGGCCACAGUACCAACGGCAACAGCAGCAUUCAAUCCAACUUUGAGGUCAGGCGUUGAUUUUGCGUCCAACAAACCAAGAUGGCAAGAUUUUGAAAGACAAACCUUGAUUGAAAGCAUUGUACAAGAAAAGGAGCUGGAUAACAUGUCAAGUAUUCCCUGGGAUAAGGUGUCUAGAGUGGUUGGACGUGCCAAGAAAGCUUGCCAGGAUCAGUGGCGUAGAGAAAUCUUGCCUCAUUUGCUCAAGGGAUUUGUUCGCCAGAACCAAGGUUGCUUUCAAGAUAGUGAGAUGGUAGAUCAGCAGUAG